AGCGUGGAGGUUUAGUAGAGCCUCCAUUCUGACUCGACAUCUCACGGCCACAACUUCUGUCCCUACCUCUCCGUCCGGCGCAAUGUUAACUCCGCCGGCCACAAAGUCGCCGUAUAGAAAUCAAUCGCUUCCGCAGACAUUGUGAGGCCAGAUGCUUUCGAGUGACGAGAACAUGAUGCGUCGAAGCACUGCGCACUAUCGUCUCUCACCUGCAAGUGGCCUUCUAACUCCGCUAUGCGCCUGUUAUGGACACAGAGUAGGAUGCGCCGGCAUUGUUACUUCGCUGCUUUAAUCCGAACACCUUCUGCUCACUCGCGCAAUGCAACGUUUUAAGACCUCCCAAUACUGUGGAUUUCAGCAUUGGAUGCAGCCUACAGGGCUGCCCGAAUUGCUCCUCAAUGGCUCGUUCGAUCCUGGCGAGAAUGGAACAGAAGCACCGCCCAAUCCUCGUCUCAUAGGGCUGCUGACAUUCAGAUAGCAGGGGUUCCAGAUUGGGCAGUGGGUUAGCGAGCCUUGACACAGGGCUGACAAACAUUCCCACGUCGCUUGGCCGAAUUAUAUGCGUCGCACAUGUCAGCGCCAGUCUGCACACUCAGAAGCUACCGUCAAUUGUCUCUCAACAUCCGCUUACGGAGUAAAUUCCCAGCACGUCCGGCCUGCUGUCAUCUGCGGCAUGCUAACGAGGUUUCAAAAGGGGUAAUAUUGCACCUUGCUGUCAAAUCUGCCAUGCAAGGUAAAGACACUUGCAGC